GACUUGUUUUAACUUGCGUUUGAUUUACAUGUAGAUAAAGCGCCUGAAUGAGUUAAGCCGUUGCAAUGAGAUUACGACCGUUUCUUUCGAAUAUUUUUGUCAAGCGUUGUGUGAAUAUCACUUCUCCUUGUCGUACAUGUACAGCUUUUAAACCGAUUUGUUUUUCAGACCAUGGUUGUUAUUUCGCCUCUAGGAUAUCUUUACGGCAACUGCACUUCAGUCCCUAUAUUUUUGCUAUACGUGUAGUUAAUGUACCUCCAUUCGCCGAAUCUGUCACAGAAGGGGAUAUUGUAUGGAAAAAGGCCGUCGGUGAUACAGUAAAUGUAGACGAUUUGGUUGCGGAAAUCGAGACUGACAAAACUAAUGUCCCUGUCCCAGCCCCAUGUUCAGGUGUGAUAACACAAUUUCUUGUUGAAGAUGGAGGAAAAGUUACUGCAGGUCAAGAUAUUUUUAAAAUGGAGGAGGGUGCUGUUCCAACUUCCACGGUUUCUGAAAAGCUACCCCAAGAGACUGCAAAAAAGCAGCCUGAAGAGAGGCCUCUCGUCUCACCUCGAGCUCCUUCACCAGUUACUCCACCUCCAGAAAUAGCUCAAAGUCUUGCAACAACUUCAUCCUUAUCCCCAUCUCUUGAUAGUGCACGUGCAGAACAGCGUGUAAAGAUGAGCCGUAUGAGGCUUCGGAUAGCCCAACGUCUAAAAGAUGCCCAGAAUACGUGUGCAAUGUUAAGCACAUUUAAUGAGAUUGAUAUGUCAAAUCUUUUCGAACUUAGAAGGCAGUAUAAAGAUAUCUUCCUAAAAAAUCAUGGUGUGAAGUUAGGAAUGAUGUCUACGUUUGCUAAAGCUUCUGCAGUUGCUCUUAUGGAUCAACCAGCCGUCAAUGCUGUCAUUGAUGGCCCGGACAUUAUAUACAGAGAUUAUGUUGAUAUUAGUAUUGCAGUGGCAACCCCUAAGGGUCUUGUUGUUCCUGUAUUGCGCAAUGUUGAGAAAAUGAAUUAUGCUGAUAUUGAACGUGGUAUCAAUGAUUUAGGUGUGAAGGCCCGUGACGGAAAACUGGCUGUUGAAGAUAUGGAUGGAGGGACGUUUACAAUUAGCAACGGUGGUGUGUUUGGCUCAUUAUUUGGUACCCCUAUAAUCAAUCCACCCCAAUCUGCAAUCUUGGGUUUGUAUGGCGUAUUUGAUCGACCGGUUGCACGAAAUGGACAAGUUGUCAUCCGUCCAAUGAUGUAUGUUGCCCUAACUUAUGAUCAUCGUUUGAUCGACGGUCGUGAAGCAGUAACGUUUUUACGUAAAAUCAAGGAAUUUGUUGAGGAUCCACGAACAUACUUCCUUCAGAUUUAAACAAUAUGCUUUUUUAUGAAAAGUAUUUCAAGUACAUUGUUAAUUUUCAAGUUUUAAAAUUUAUCCAAGUUUUCUUUUCAUCUAGCGUUCUAAAAUGCAACUAGUAACAAUUACAAACCUAUUAGUUUUUGUAUACAUAUAUAUACAAGUAUUCGUAUAGUACUUUCAUAACUUUCAUAUUUCAGUUGUUCACGAACAGAGUAUGUAUUAUUUGUUCUUAGUUUAUGUAAGAAUAAUCUGUUUCUUAGAGUUUCUGCAAGGUAUUUGUAUAUUUUAUUCUCAAUAAUUAUUUCUGACCCAUUUUUAUGCGCCAGACUCUGUAAUUCUUAAUCGUAUACUUAGAUAUUUAAGUAUAUAUUAUUAGUUCAUCCUUAAUUAAUUUGUCCUUGUAAUGAUUUUAUAGAGUUAUUAAAAUGCAGUAAUCUGGUUGACAGUAGCUCUAUGAGUUUUUUUUCAUAUUUUUAUUUGAUGUUCAACUACAGUGGGGAUAAUUAGAUAAUUGUACUGUUUAGUCAACU